AUAUUUUUAUCUAAUCUAUGUAAAACUCUCCAAAAAUUAGAAAUGUCAAGAAAUGUACCAAAGUUCUUGGAAUGACUUGAGAAAUUUUUAGUUCAAUAUAAAAUUAUUGGAACUUCAAAAAUUAUUGUACAAUGGGCGAAUACACAAGCGCUGGAUUUGAAGUGCCGACAAGUUGUUCUUGCAGGGCUGCUUGGAUCUACAGGAGACGAGUAAUGGUGAGUCAGAUAAAGCUUAGGGAAUCUUUAAAUUUCAAACGCAUUUUCAUUACAGUUGAUGCAGAACCUGACAUUUUGAAUGUGGUUAAAGACGAGAGACUCAACUUCAAAAAUAAAAGGGCCAUCGUCUCAGGUCCUUUGACUCAUUUGGGCAAGAAGUUGGUAAAAGAGCUCGUUAAGCAGGGAGCCAAAGUGAUAGCCUUUGGUGGUUCAGAAGGAGAUCUUGUGCAUUUGCGUAAAACUAAUCCACAGAUUGAGAUCAUUCCGGCAGAUCUGAAGAGUUGGCUUCAUACAGAAAUAGCUUUCGGCAAAGUAGGCCCAGUAGAUUAUCUAGUCAACUGUGCCGAAUGUAACGCCCUAGGUAGUAUAGCCGACAUAACUGAAGAAGACGUGGACUACAUUUUGAAUACCAAUCUGAAAGCUGCCAUCAACAUCUCAAGAAUGGUCGCUAAAUCGUUCAUCCAGCACUCUAUAAGAGGCAGCAUCGUGAACGUAUCUUCUCAAGCUUCAAAAAUAGGUUUGAGGAAGCAGUCGAUAUUUUGUGCCUCCAAAGCAGGACUAGACGGUUAUACGAGAGCUGCAGCCUUGGAGUUAGCCUCGUUGGGGAUCCGGAUCAACUGCGUUAACCCCACAGUUCUGAUGCCAGAGCUGAAGGAGGGCAUUUGGUGCGAUCACAAGAUGAGCGAUGCCCUGCUUUCGAGAAUCCCUUUGAAGAAGUUUUGCGAGUUGCAGGAAGUGGUGGAUGCGAUUAUAUUUCUUUUAAGCGAUAACGCGUCUUUUAUUACCGGCAUUUGUUUGUCUAUCGAUGGAGGUAUUUCGAGUUCUUGAAUGCCAGUGUAUUACUAAAUCUAACCUCAAAUGUUCGACUCUAUCGAGGUAUCUGAGAUGUUAUGUCAUUGUAGAUAGGAAACAUUGUUAUUGAUCAUUUUAUUUUGUAAAAAUUUUCGAUUGUAAAUAUACAUUCUUUUAUGGA